GGCACAGGAAAGAAAAGCUAAACCUGCAGGAAAGUGCCCUGGGCCGAGGAGAACGCGGUUAGGAAGUGUGUGUGUGCCUCUGAACCCUGAGUGGUUCUCAGUUCUGUAUCCUUCGCCUCCCACUGGGUGGAGUAGGCCUUUUAAGAGCAGCUGGAAUGCAGUUCCCCUGAUCAGUGUAGCCAGUUGUUGCCCGUCUGAACCUCUGCCAGUCCUAGAGAGCGGUGCUCUGAGCGCAAACCAGCGGGCCACGCUCUGCACCCUCACCACCUUCCUUCUCACCGGAGUCAGAAUAACGUUCCCACCCAUCCAGCCAUGGGGGAGGACGCUGCACAAGCUGAAAAGUUCCAGCACCCAGGGCCUGACAUGCGGCAGAAGCCAGCCAGCUCCAGCCCGGUGCCUUCCUCCACGCCGAGCCCCAGUCUGAACCCGGGGAGCACGGAGGAGGCCAUCCGGGACAACUCGCAGGUGAACGCAGUCACAGUGCUCACGCUCCUGGACAAGCUGGUGAACAUGCUGGACGCCGUGCAGGAGAACCAGCACAAGAUGGAGCAGCGUCAGAUCAGCCUGGAGGGCUCCGUGAAGGGCAUCCAGAACGACCUCACCAAGCUCUCCAAGUACCAGGCCUCCACCAGCAACACGGUGAGCAAGCUGCUGGAAAAGUCCCGCAAGGUCAGCGCUCACACGCGGGCCGUCAAGGAGCGCAUGGAGAGGCAGUGCGCGCAGGUGAAGCGGCUGGAGAACAACCACGCCCAGCUCCUCAGACGCAACCAUUUCAAAGUGCUCAUCUUCCAGGAAGAAAAUGAGAUCCCUGCCAGUGUGUUUGUGAAGGAGCCGGUUUCCAGCCCAGCGGAAGGGAAGGAGGAGCCAGCUGACGAAAACAAGUCCCUGCAGGAAGCUUUGCACACAGUGGACCUCUCAUCUGAUGAUGAAUUGCCCCACGACGAGGAGGCCCUGGAAGACAGUGCUGACGAAAAGAUGGAAGAAAGUAGGGCAGAAAAAAUAAAAAGAUCCAGUCUCCGGAAAGUGGAUAGCCUCAAGAAAGCCUUUUCUCGCCAGAACAUUGAGAAAAAGAUGAACAAGCUAGGGACAAAAAUCGUAUCUGUAGAGAGGAGAGAGAAGAUUAAGAAAUCUCUCACUUCCAAUCACCAAAAAAUGUCCUCGGGGAAAAGCUCUCCCUUCAAGGUUUCUCCCCUCACUUUUGGUCGAAAGAAAGUCCGAGAGGGAGAAAGCCCUGCAGAAAAUGAAACCAGGUCAGAAGACAUGCCCAGCAGUGAGAUGCCCAACGACCACGAGGAGAGCUCGUUUGCAGAGGGUCUUUCCGAAGUCUCCCUCACCAGUGCCCUGGCGGAAGGGAAGAGCGUGGACGGGGAUGCGGACAGGGCGGCCUCGAGAGGGAGUCACUCGGCUGUGGACAGCAACAUCGACCUGACCAUCGUGGAAGAUGAAGAGGAGGAGUCGGUGGCCCUGGAGCAGGCACAGCUGGUGCGCUACGCAGGAGACUACGUGCUGACCUCCGAGGAGGCGGAGCAGUCGGAGGAGCAGCCUGUGCAGCCGGCGGUCCUCCAGGUGGACCAGACCGCCUAAACGCACAGCCUGCUGCGCCCGGCCUGCGCUUUCAGUUAGGGGCGUAGCCGGAGCCUAGAAACGAACUCCUGAGCAUCUCCAGCACUACGCAUUCACACCCGUCACUGUCCAGGCAGUCAUCAGUUACUACACAGUAGCAGCACACACGUGACCAAGACUUACUAAGAAGGCAGCCUAUCAGGGUCUACACUUCUAAUUUACUCUCAGGUUCCAUUUCGGUAGUUCUUUAAGAUUGCCCAGAAGAAACGGAGCAGUCGCAUAACACCGAUCAAUUCGGCUUAGUCAGAAAAACCAGAGGCUAUGUAAGAUACUAAUCAUGAAUGUGAUUCAUUUUUUGUCAUUCCAUAAGCUCAAUGAAUUGUACCAGUAAUAUACUGAAUUUCCAUAGAACUCUGUAAAUCUAUAGUCUUCAAGUGUGUGAUACAUAAUACACAUACGUAUUUUAGCUAAAGAGGUAACUACUUGUAUCUCUUAAGAAGAAAACACUUUUCUUAAAAGGUGGAAGAGAAAGUUCAGUUGAUCAUUCACAUAGUGGAAACUAAUGUUUAUUGAAAGUGAAGGAGAAAUUGAAAGACUAUGAUAAUCAGCUAAUGAAGUAAGAUAUGUAGAAAAGUUGAGAUGAUUAGAUAAAAAAACUAAGGAGACUUCGGAAAAUAAGAGAAACAGGAAACCAAGACUGCCAAAGAGAAUGAAGACAGAAAAAAGUAUAUGCUCAAAAGCGAAACUUUUACAGUAUUAGUUCAAGCAUUUCACUCUAUAUAACAACACUAAAGAAGUUCAUAUAUUGUGGAUAAUAUGUUAUCUCUUCACAGUAUUUUUAUUUUCCAAUGUUUUCAAAUAAUAUAAAAACACUUUGCUCUGUUAAAGCUGCAUUUUUCUUAAUAAAUAAAAGACAUUACAAGUAUUUCUCUAAGGAAGUUCAAAAGGAUGUUGUCUCUUUAACACUGGAAUGAACAUAAAUCUUCAAAAUUAGUACAUACUGCCUUUUGUAGGAAGUUGGGUCAUAGUAUUCUUUAACGUUUUCCAAAUUUGAUAUAAUCCUUACACUCCAAAUGAUGUAAUGUGGGUUUAUAAGAUGUCAGAAUCAACAGGUUUAAGAAGGAAAAGAUUCUGUUUUUCCUUUUUUUGUACAUAAUGGUAAUUUCAUUGCAGUUUUAUUUAUAUAGUCAUUUCACAGAAUAUUAAUGUGUUUCUUAACUUCUUAAAGCAUGCUAGUGUUUAUGUACAUGUGCACAGUUACUCAGAGUAAUUUUUACUACCACCUAACAUUAUACUAAAGUAUUGUUUUAUCUAUUUUUAAUUACAGAAUGGUAAUGUUUUGAGAAAACGAUUAUAGUUUAAAGACAGUUGUACCAGAGAGCAAAUUCCCUUCCUUUAGUAUGCACCACUCACUAUAAGUAACCUUACAAAUAUAGAUAAUCCAAGACAGUAUUAACAAACUAUGCUUUGUCUUAGAAAAGAUACAGAAUUAACAGAUGUAUUUUGUUGCCUCACUGAUACAGCUAUAUUAUUAUUUUGCAAUAAUGUACCCCAAAUAUUAGAUUAUUGAACUAACACUGGCUAUGUUAAAGAAGACUAAAUAAACCAAAAAAUAAAAAGUAUAUAAAAAUGUCA